UACACUUGCUUCAACAGAGCGACGACGCUAGUAAACAGGGGUGUAUAUAUAAACCAGGCAACAACUUUCCUCUCCACUCUUUUCUCUCUCUCUUUUUCAUUAGUCUUAGCAAUUUCUUUCUUCUCCAUCCCCUUUUCUUCCUCUUUUUGGGAAAAAGAGCAAGUAUUUAAGCGUAGAAAUAAAAUUCCCCCUUCUACAAACUUAGAAGAUUUUGAAAUAUUGAAAAUAAUAAAAUUGCAUUAGUCUUUUCAUCCUUGUUGUUACUACACAUCUUCUCUUUGUUUUCCGAGCCACUAUACUAUUAUGGCUUUAGAAGAAUCGGCAAUUGCCGUAGAUUCACUUGCCAAUUCCAUCAAUCCAUCGGUUACAUCUUUAUCUACAUCGAUCAUCAAUCUCGACCGUCAACUUGAUCACGCCGUUCCUUCUCCAUCGUCUGAUCCACCUUCCUCCACCAAACUCAACGCUCUUGCUCCCGCAUUCGUUCCACGAACCUCGUUGGCGCCGCCUGCUGCUACUGCUACUGCUUUCCAUCCGGUUCGGAACCAUUUUGGUUAUACUCCGCAGCUGUCCGUUCAGUAUCCAUCACCGUUUUAUGGCGGUGUUGCACAAGAGAUUGCAGCUGAUUUAGAUCAUGCUACUCAAAAGAUUGUUAAUCAAGUGGAGUUCUAUUUCAGUGAUUUAAAUCUGGCAACAACUGAUCAUCUAAUAAGGCAUAUGCUCAAGGAUCCAGAAGGAUAUGUACCAAUAUCUGUGGUUGCAUCGUUCAAGAAGAUUAAAGCUCUUAUAAGUAGUCAUGCACAGCUUGCUCAAGUUCUGCAGAGCUCUACAAAGCUUGUAGUCAGUGAAGAUGGAAUGAAGGUUAAAUGCAAAAUUCCUUUGACUGAAACCGACUUGGAAGAGUUGCAAUCUCGAAUUGUGAUUGCCGAAAAUUUGCCCGAGGAUCACUGCCAUCAGAACCUCAUGAAGAUUUUCUCAGCAGUUGGAAGCGUUAAAAUGAUUCGCACCUGCUUACCUCAGUCUUCCAAUGGUGGGGCUUCUUCAGGAUCUAGGACAGCCAAGUCAGAUAGUAUGCUGUAUAGCAAUAAGUUACACACAUUUGUGGAAUACGAAUCCGCUGAAUUGGCCGAGAGGGCGGUUGUAGAAUUGAAUGAUGCUAACUGGAGAAAUGCUCUGAAAGUCCGGUUACUUAAAAGCAUAGCAAAAUCUGGUCAAGCUCAAGGGAAAAAAGCUGGUCAUGAAACUGAACAAAACUUCAAGGGGGAUGAUGGUUUAGAGGUCAACAAGACGCUUAAUGAAGAGUCACGCCACCAUAUUGAUGCUAAAUCCAAUGAGCUUUCAGAGCAUGGCGGUGAUGGGCAGAGGCGUGUGCAUGGGCGUGGGCGUGGGCGUGGGCGUGGUCGGGGUAAGGGUCAGGUACAUCCACGUCCCCAAUUCCAGCAAAAUAAUCGUGGAGGUAUCUUGGGGGCUCCCAUAUCAAACGUGAAUCGUGGAAGCAGUGUGGGAAAUGCCCCCUCAAAUAUCAAUCAUGUUGGUCUAGGGCAACCUGAUUUUGAGCAGUCGGCAGCAGCCAAGCAAUCUUCUGUACCUCGUAUGCCAGAUGGCACUAAGGGAUUCUCCAUGGGUCGAGGCAAACCGAUGGCUAUUAUAACUAUGUGAUAACUUCCUACUUUCCUGAAAUUGGCGUGGUCGAGGGGAUGUGUCUCAUAAGCGUGAUGGUGAUGGUUUCAGAAACACUGCCAAUCCAGUGAGUCUAAUACUAUGGUUUAUUUGGCCAUUUUAGUCUACAUGUUCAUAUCUAUUUUGUGUUUUCUACUAAAUCAAAUGAACCUUGUAAGAAAGUUGGUUUUUUGUUGUCAAGAUAUCCUUGGAUGUAAAAGUGAAACAGUACAGGAUUAACAUAAAGCUUAUAUACAGAAAUAGUUAAAAAGUUGCACAA